AUGUGGCCAGCAUGGCUGUGGCUGCUGGGCGCAGGGAUCCUGGCCUCUGCCCAUGGAGAUAAGAGCCCGGGGCUGCCCCCGGCCCCCAGCGGUCAGCUCUCAGAGCCAGCUCCCGCCUACCGCCAAGUCACUCCGACCGUCAGCAGCUUUGCUUUGCGUGUGUACAAGCAGCUGGCCGCGGAAACCCCAGGAAACAUCUUCUUUUCCCCAGUGAGUGUCGCCACCACCCUGGCCCUGCUCUCUCUCGGGGCCCAGGCUGACACUGCGAGGCAGAUCCUGGAGGGCCUCGGCUUUAACCUCACGGAGACCCCGCCCGCCACGGUCCACCAGGGCUUCCAUAGCCUCAUCCGCACCCUCGACCUGCCCAGUCCCAAGCUUGAGCUGAAAGUCGGCCACUCCCUGUUCCUGGACAAGCAGCUGAAGCCUCGGCAGCACUUUCUGGAUGACAUCAGGGAGCUAUACGGGGCCUCUGCCUUUUCCGUGAACUUCACAGAUCCUGCCACAGCACAGAGGCUCAUUAACGACUACGUGAGGAAGCGAACGUACGGGCAGGUGGCGGACGGCCUGCAGGAGCUCACCGAGGACACGCGCCUGGUGCUCUUGAACUACGUCUUCUUCAAGGCCAAGUGGAAGCAUCCCUUCCAUCACUACCAGACCCAGAAGCCAGAGAGCUUCUUCGUGAGCGAGAGGACCUCCCUCCCCAUCCCUCUGAUGCACCAGAAGGAAAUGCACAGGUUCCUGUACGACCAGGAGCUGGCCUGCACAGUGCUCCAGAUCGAGUACAGCGGGAAUGCGCUGGCCCUGCUGGUCCUCCCGGACCCGGGGAAAAUGGAGCAGGUGGAGGCCACUCUGCAGCCUGAGACCCUGAGGAGAUGGAGCCAGCGGCUCCUGCCCAGCCUGCUGGACUUGCAUCUGCCAAGGUUUUCCAUUUCUGGAACAUACAACCUGGAAGAAAUACUUCCCCACAUUGGUCUCACCAACGUAUUCAACUUAGAAGCUGACUUGUUGGGAACCACUGGACAGCUCAACAGAACCAUCUCCAGGGUGUCACACAAAGCAGCACUGGACAUGAACGAGCGGGGAACCAAGGCAGGGGUUGCGUCUGGCCUCCUGUCCCAGCCCCAGUCUCUGAACGUGACCUCAGCCCCACACGCCCAUUUCAACAGGCCCUUCCUGGUGCUCCUUUGGGAGGUGACCACCCAGAGCUUACUCUUCCUGGGAAAAGUCGUCAACCCUGCUGGAGGGUGACGUGGC